AUGGCCCUCUAUGGAGCGGCAAUCUGGGCAACUCCAAUGAACGAAAGGAAAAGGAAAUUGCUAAGUAGUAUACAACGCCCCUUGGCUCUGGCUAUUACAAAAGGAUACCGUACAACAUCGACAGCGGCAGCCACAAUACUGGCGAGACUUUCGCCAUUACAUAUUAGAGCAGCACAAGAAGCAGCAGUAACGACUGUUCUCCAAUUACAUCUCUGCACUACUUUUGGACCGCUAUGCUAUGAUCCAGAGGAGUAUGAAACAAAACGUCUCAUAAAUGCAACCCAUCCUUCACACCAUAGAAAAGGGGUUGUAGCACACACCACCUCUCAGCACAGCCUCCAUGAAAAAAUAAGGCCAGUAAAUGUCAUCCAUUCUUCUAACUACGGAAAAGGAGUCUUGGCCCACACAUCAUGGAAAGAUGACUCUGACAUAAAGGAUCAAUAUUAUGUUUAUACGGAUGGUUUAAAAGUUGAUGGACAAGUAGGCUGUGGCCUUAUAGUAACUAAGAACAAGGAAACGCUGAUAACAUGGAAAUGUCAUAUGGGACAGAAUAAUUCAGUUUUCCAGGCUGAAGCAAUUGCUAUUCGUAAAGCUAUCGAGUUAACAAGUCCCCCAGUAGAAUCCACUGUUAAUAUUCUUACAGACAGCCUCUCGGUCAUACAUGCCUUACGAAAUCUCAGACAUGCUUCUCCUAUCAUAGCGGAGAUUCAGGACACGCUGAAGGAGCGUUCGUCGGCAAUGAAUAUCCUCAUAUCUUGGAUAAAGGAUCUUCGCUAUUGUCAGUGCAUAUUCGGCUAUCCACCACCGCGAUCAUUAUCAACCAUAGGAGAUCAAUACCGACCCCCUUGA